UGCUUUUGCUUCCAGUCUUUUAUCAUUUUUUAACCAAAAAAAGCUACACCAUGAUGGACGCACACGACGACGCCGCGGUCAUCCGCGCCCGCACCGAAUCGACUUCUGGCGCCGCUGGUUCGUCGAGCCAGACCGCCCUCGAGCCCUACGACAAUGCUGCGCUGCAGAUCUUUGUCACCGACCCCGAGAAGCACGGCAGUGGCAUGGACGCGUACGUCAGCUUCUGCGUCACGACCAAGACCACCAUGCAAGAGUUCCAGGCGCAAGAGUUUUUCGUGCGCAGGCGUUACACUGACUUUGUCUGGCUCCGCUCCAAGCUGUUCAGCGAGUUCUCAACCUCCGUCAUCCCCCAGCUCCCGUCCAAGGAUGUCGCCAAGCACCUCAACCGCUUCUCGCCCGAGUUCCUCGAAAAGCGCCGCUACUUCCUCGAGCGCUUCCUUCGCCGCUGCGCCAGCCACGCCAAGCUCUCCACCAGCAAGGACCUGCACACCUUCCUCGAGGCGAAAAAGUGGGCUCUCGACACUGCCAAGAAGGAGAAGGGCGAGUUCCUCUCUUCGGUCAAGGACUCGAUCGACAAGCGCGUUGCCUCGUACAAGCUCAAAAACCCCGACGAACGUUUUGCCAACCUGCGCUCGCACGCCAACUCGCUUGGCGAGCACCUGACCAGCCUCGAGAAGAUUGGCACCAAGGUUCAAAAGCACGCCAGCGACAUUGCCGACGACUUGCAAGAAAUGGGCCCCGUCUUCACCAUGCUUGCCAACUCGGAAUCCGAGCUCCGCGACGUCUUCACCCAAGCCGGCCAGGCUUUCGACAAGCUUGCCACCAUUGGCCACGAGACUGCUGAGAAGCUCGACGCUCUCUACAACAACCCCGUCCACGAGUACGUCUUGUACGCUGCCGCCAGUGCUGACCUCCUGGACAAGCGCGACGUCGUCGAGUACCAAUGCGAGAACGCCCAAAACACGCUGAUGAAGCACGAGAACGAGCGCAACAGCCUCGAGUCGUCCGACGGCAAGGCUGGCCUCGGCUCCUUCUUCUCGUCCAAGAACCCCGAGCUGCUCAAGCAAGAGAAGCUCGACAAGCUCGCCACCGCCAUUGCCGAGGACGAGCAAACCCUCCGCGAAAAGCAGCAGGAGAAGAAGGAGACUGACGAGCUCGUUCUCCAAGAGUUUGAUUCGUGGCACAGCCGCAAGGUCAAGGAUUUCAAGAAGAUUCUGACGGAUCUCGCAAAUGCCCAGAUUGCCCAUCAUUCUCAGAACCUCAAGAUUUACGAGUCUCUCCUUCCUCACUUUGAGAAGAUCGAUGCUUAACUUGUCUGCGUUGAUCGCUCUGCCUGACUUUUCCUCCCUUUAUUCCGUUUCUUUGGUCAGCAGUGCUGCCAGGUUGUGGAUUUUGAUUGAUAUCUUUCAUGUCUUUUUUUUGUUGUGGGCCUUUUGUUUCUUCUUCUUGUCCGCCCACGAUCGGUGUUUGAUUUUCCUGUUGUCUUCUUGUAAAAAACACACUCACACAAAAAACCAAUGCCAUCCA